UGGUGCAGAUUUUCUUCUUCUUCUUCUUCUUCUUCUUCGUGUUGAAGAGUCAUACAUACAGGAGGGAAGUUUAAGAAAUGAUACGUUUGGAUCUUCAUAAAACACAAAACCAAACCGAAGCCCAGGACAUCUUGUUGGAGAAAUCUGAGAGCGACGUUAUCUGAAUGAAGAAGCGGAUGAAGUUAAAGCGCGUGGUCUGCUGAUGGAUGUUUCGUCUCUUUAACUCUUUGUGUGUUUGUUUAUCUUCAAAUGGAGAAGUUUUGUACCGGAGAAGGUUGUGAGUUCGAGUCCAGGACUCCACACUGAUGGACCUUUAAAUGUAAAUUGAGAAUAAAGUGUAAAUGAUCUUUGAUUAAAAUAACGCCCGGAUGGAGAGCGUGUAAGUUCUCACAGCGGAAGGAGAACCCGGAGGAACAGAGGACCCGGAGAACCGCUUUUUCCCUUUUUUUCCGUUUCAUUUGCACAGAUGAGAAACUUGACGAACGACACGGUGGUGGUGUGGGCAGACGAGGAUGACGACGAAGACGGGGCGGAGCGUGGGCGGAGCGCGAGGGUGCUGCUCGGAUUCGUUCUGUUUCUGCUGAUCGUGUGGACGCUGCUGGGGAACACGCUGGUGUGCGCCGCCGUGGUGAAGUUCCGCCACCUGCGAUCCAAAGUCACCAACUUCUUCGUGAUCUCGCUGGCCGUGUCGGACCUGUUCGUGGCCGUGCUCGUGAUGCCGUGGGAGGCGAUGUCGGCCGUGGCGGGGGCGUGGCUCUUCGGGCGUGUGUUCUGCGCCAUCUGGGUGGCGUUCGACAUCAUGUGCUCGACGGCGUCCAUCUUGAACUUGUGCAUCAUCAGCGUAGAUCGAUACUGGGCCAUCGCCAGCCCGUUCCGCUAUGAGCGCAAGAUGACGCAGCGUGUGGCCUUCGUGAUGAUCGGCGUGGCCUGGACGCUGUCCGUCCUCAUCUCCUUCAUCCCUGUGCAGCUCAACUGGCACGAGGCAGACGAGGACGACGACGCCGGCGUUCUCAGAGAGUUCAACUUCACCGGAAACGUUAGCAACGACAACUGUAAAGCUAACCUGAACCGCACGUAUGCUAUCUCGUCCUCGCUGAUUAGCUUCUACAUCCCAGUGGUGAUCAUGAUCGCGACGUAUACGCGGAUUUUCCGCAUUGCGCAGACGCAAAUUAGACGGAUUUCCUCGCUGGAAAGAGCAGCGGGACACGACUGCAGCGGAGACAAUUCAAACUCGCUGAAAACGGCGUUCAAAAAGGAAACGAAGGUCCUGAAGACGCUGUCCGUCAUCAUGGGCGUGUUCGUGUGCUGCUGGCUGCCGUUCUUCGUGCUGAACUGCGUGGUGCCGUUCUGCCAGUGCGUCAGCGACACCACCUUCGCCGUCUUCGUCUGGUUCGGCUGGGCUAAUUCCUCGCUGAACCCCGUCAUUUACGCCUUUAACGCUGACUUCCGCAAAGCUUUCUCCUCCAUCCUGGGCUGCCACAAACUGUUCCCCAGCACGACCGUCGAGGCUGUGAACUUCAGCAACGAGCUCGUGUCUUAUCACCACGACACCACGCUGCAGAAAGAAGCUCCUCCUCUGGUUCCGCCCAAAGAGGAAGAGCGUGUACUGCGGGCUCAUAAGACUUCCUCUCUCAGCUCCUCCUCUUCCUGUGUCGGAGUGGGCGGAGUGUUUCGUGAUCACACGCACAUGCUGCUGCCCAGUGUGGGCCGGUGCGAAUGCGACGCAGAGAUCUCGCUGGACACCAUCACUCCCUUCACCUCCACCGCCAUGAUGGAGUGCGGCGGGAUCCCAGGACAGAUCGUCAACGAGUGA